AUGUAUGCUGAGUUAAAAGAUGGAAUGGGGACAAGAGAUGUAUUUGACGGUUGGAAUGUACAAAAGGUUUGGCAGAAGGAAGACGAAGCCUGGAUUAAUAGAACCCAAAAUUCCGGUAUGAAAUUGCAGAACCCUGCUUUUGCUCAGGGCAAAAAUUGGGAAAGACCAGUUAUUUGCCAGGAUAUAUUUUGGUCUAGAGAUGGAUCAUCGAUAGUAACGAUUCAUGAUGAUUAUGGUAUUCGACAGUACGUGAUGAGCCUCGAGGGUAACACGGACCAAUUGGUACCAUACAGUAGGAUGUUUAAAAGUCAGUCGAUUGUAACCGGCCGAGUUCAUCCUCUCUAUUCAUUAUACAACGAUACAGAAGACUUCAACGUAUUGUUAACGGCAUGCAAGGAUCUACCAUUGCAAAUGUAUUCUUUACAGGACACUGAAGGGCCUUGCUUGAACCAUUACAAUGUGAUCAAUAACGAAACUGGGAACUGGGAAAUACCUCAUGCCAUUAAUUGGAGUAACGAGGACCAUUUUUUAAUUGGAUCUGUGAAGAAUAGGGUCUCGUUAUUCAGUUGUUAUCGAAGCUCUCCAAUAUGGACUUCUCAAUCUAAAAGAGGUAAUUCUACCAGUAAAUCGAUUGUAUCUUGCUUUAGUGAGCGACCUUAUGGUGAAUUUUCAAACGCUAAACAUACUAUAUUUGGUACUUACAAGAACGAAUUGCAUCUUUUAGACCAUCGUACACAACACCCGCAGUUUUUACACCGGUCUGCACAAGGUAGAGGUUACAUACAACUUCUGGAAAGUUUUAAUGGCCAUUACUUAUAUGCCCUAAAGCGCAAUACUAAUCUCAUCGAUGUGCUGGACACAAGAGAAUCUCACCGCCCAGUGAAUCAAUUGCAACUGCCUUUUACAAUGGGAAAUCAAAAGCACAAGGCCUCUAUCACAAGCACUAAUGGCCUAACAAUCGGAACGGAUGAUGGUAAAAUUGUCUGCUGGAGUUCAAAUGCUAUAGAAUUUGGAGUCAUAGAUCGGAAUGGACUAACAUGUGAUAAUGGGGCCGGAGAAAAGCCAGAAUUGACGCACGAAAUGGGCCUGAAUUCGAGUAGAAUCAAUAUCGUUCAACAGAGCCCCACAGACUUUGGAGUCUGCGCAUUAUCAUACUCACCAGACAAAAUGACGUAUAGGCCCGAUGUUCAUGCAUCUUCAGGUAUUUAUGUCACAGAACUAACUACAGAUUGGUUCGGCUUGUAA